ACCCAUACAUAUCCAUAUUAAACCCCGCUCACCUACUCUGCUUCUUUCUCCAACAGACUUUAACUUAUUCUUACACACACAUACAAAAGCCUUUGCUUUCAACAGGCAUGGAGGGAGAGAAGCGCACUGCUAGUUCAUCAGAAAGAUCAUCAACUUUUGCUUCGGAUCUUUUCGGCACAAAGGACUCUUCAUCAUCCUCUGCUUCUUCUCCAUUUUCUUCAGCUUCUUCUGGGAUUUUUGGCUCUAUCUUCUCCUCUAAUCCCCCUAACUUGAUUGUGGGCAGGGAGGCCUUGCGCAGUCACGCUGUUGAGAAGAAACACGACUCAGCAAACCGUGCCUGGAACUCCAAAAUUGGACAAUCAGAUUCCAUGCAUCUGAACAAGCAAGGUGAAAGUCAGGGCACUUGGAAGGAUCCUAACAAUACAUAUUACACUGAGCAAAAUGUUCAACCAUGCCAUCUCAGCUCCUCUAUAUACUACGGCGGUCAAGACAACUAUACCACAUCUUAUAAUAGCCAGGGCCAUGAUUAUUCAACUUUUAAGAAAGAUCAAGGAGAAGAUGACUCUGGAAGUGCUUCACGAGGAAACUGGUGGCAAGGGGGUCUGUACUACUAAGAGAGCAUCUCCUGUUGUACUUGAAACUUGGAAGCCAGGAAGGGAUUUACUAGAGGAAGUUGCAGUUUAUGUUCUGUGAUGUGGAAGAUGGAAUGAACUGACAGUAGUUGCUUUCUUAUUCUCAUCUGAAUUAUAAAUAUAACUAUUAUAUGUAGCAUGUUUUUUAGAAUUUAAGUUUUUUUUUCUUUAGUGUAAAGGAUAAGUUAAACCUUGUGUUUUUAAGUACGAACUUGCUAAUCUAUGUUCACAACUAGAAGACUCGUAUUAUCAUCGCCCAUCCAUUGUCUGACACAUAGGUUAUCUUUUGUAACAGAUUUAUGGGUUGCCUAUGUUAAUCAAUAGAUAUAUUGUAGUUGUAGUCCUUCUCAGAAUUUCACUAUCAAUAUAUUCAGGCAAUUGAGGUCAAUGUUAUGAUCA